CCAAUCCCAUCGACGUGGCAUGUCAGUUUAGGUCGGUUACUGGCCGGUUGGAGUUGUUGGCGCACGUUGGCACUGGCUGGCCGACGCACUUUCCAGGCGACGCUCCUCGCUAACAGUUGUCGCAGUCGGAGAGAACGGAAAAGAAAUUUGUACAAGAUGAACAGGAUUAUCCUUUUGUGCGCGUUCGCGAGUGUGUUCUCCGCGGCUUGCGCCGAGACCUGUCAGAAGCCCGAGAUCGUCGCCUCGUCAUAUGUGACCGAGGACGCGACGGUCCUCACGAACGUCGCCUUCACCAUGCAAUUCGUGCUCAAGUGCAACAACGGUGUGAAGGGAAUCAGUUUGUACGCCGAGGUCGAGGGCAAGACGUUGCCGGCCGUCAGAUUGAGCGCCGAUAAUAAAUAUCAGAUAUCUUGGACGGAGGACGUCAAGAAGGCAAGAUCCGGCGACUAUUACAUAAAGCUGUACGACGAGGAAAAAUACGUCGCUGUUCGCAAGGCAAUAAGGAACGGGGAAGAUCCCGACAGCGUGAAUCCCUUGGCGGUGGUCGUGCUCAACAAUCCCGGCGUUUUCCUCGGCCCAUGGGUGAACUCCGAGUUCCUAGCCGCUUUCCUAGCUAUUCUCGUGUCCUACUCGGCAUUUUCGGCAAAGUACAAACUUCUAGCGUAGGAAACCCUUUUGUUACCAAAAAUAUAAAUGUUUGAACAAAGUA